AUUUCCCUUUGUACCAAAUGACGACUCACACAAGAUGAAGUCCACACAUCGCGGCGCACGCCUCCCAGUGGACCGUCAAUCAUAUCACCUACCAUGAACACCCAAGAACCGCUCACUGAGCUGCCGUUUCCACCGGUCACCAAACAGCACAUCCUCAACUGCUCCUACCACAGCUGGCACCCAAAGUAUCGCGCAAUAACACCAAAGGCGCGCCUUGUGCCCUUACCGGCCACCUUCCUAGAAUACCUUCGGUCUGAUGGCAUCGUAUUGCCCCCAGAGGAUACAGACAACCCUACGUGGUCUGACGACGACAGCGGCAUCUUCUCCGGCGCAGACAACAACGAUGGCGGCGAGGAAGAAGAGGCAGACCCCAGCGUUCUCUGGCGCGACACUCACGAGGCGAUUGAGGGGGCAAUAGAAGCGCUGGGCGGCAAGGUUGCGCCUAAGCUGAACUGGAGUGCACCGAAAGACGCAACAUGGAUCGCUGCCACGAACAGCAUGGAGUGCUCGACACCCAACGACAUCUACCUGCUGCUGAAUAGCAGUGACUUUAUUACUCACGACCUGGCACACGCCUUCGACGACACUGCCGAUCAGUCGACUUCGCCAGACCCAGAAAUAGCAUACCACCUCGUUCUACGAAAGUGGAUUAACCUCAACCCCAGCGUGGAGUUCAGAUGCUUCGUGCGGAAUCGACAGGUGAUUGCAUUAUGCCAGCGAGACUUGAAUCACUUCGACUUCCUCUUCAACAUGCAAGACAAGCUGCGACAGACCAUACAGGACUUCUUCGAUUCCAAACUGCGAGACACGUUCCCAGACCCCAACUUCACCUUCGACGUAUAUAUUCCGCCACCGCACGAUAGAGUAUGGAUUGUAGAUUUCAAUCCUUGGGCUCUGCGAACAGACCCUCUCCUCUUCUCGUGGUUGGAGCUGCUUACGAUGGAGGUGCCUGAUGUCAAAGAUACAAAUGAGAAGGAAGAGGUGGUACGCAUACCUAUUGCACCAGCCGGUGGUACUACAGUCAUAUCUUUAGACGAUAUCGAAAGUGCGAGCGGCUCGGACGAUUCGGAUGGAGAUGAUGUUCAGGAGAUCUGGCAGCCAGAAUUCAGGCUGGUACGAAGAGACGACCCAGAAGCGUAUGGAUUCACAACACCGCAGUAUAGCGCACACAAAAUGCCUAGAGAUGUUGUGGACGCAGCCAGCGGCGGCGAGGGCAUGAUGCGCGAGUUUGCAAUGCAAUGGCAAGAUGCGCAGAGGCUGGCUGAGCAACAGAGACGAGAAGAUAGCGAAGAAGACUAGACACUAAUACUUCAGUAGUUUUGCAUUGAUAUCGAGACAUAGAAAUACUAC